GUGUGUGUGUGUGUGUGUGUGUGUGUGUGUGUGUGUGUGUGUGCUUCCGGUCGGGAGUCUUAUCUAGCUUGUGGUUCUGUCUCGGUCAUGUUUCGGACUGUUUUGUGUAGACUGGUGAAGGAAACCGUCGGUGUGAGGACUGUCCCGUUACUAGAGAGGCUAACAGCUCACCGUGUGUCCGCCAGGAGCUUCUCGGACGUGGAGGACGAAGUGCAGCCGCCUUUUGACGCCUCCCUGCUCGAGGUCCUGGUGUGUCCGCUGUCCAAGAAGCCACUAAGGUACAAGGCUAAUACCAAUGAGCUGAUCAACGAGGAACUUGGUAUCGCCUAUCCCAUCAUUGACGGCAUCCCCAACAUGAUCCCUCAGGAAGCCAGACUCAUACAGAAAGACACAGAUACCUCAACCACACCAACGCAAGGGUAGAAACUCCAACACAACCCGUUCGGCCGACCCGAGCAGACAGACUCAACAUUGUUG